GACGAAUCUUCGGUAAAUACGAGUACGAGACGACUUACCAGACCCGUCCAAGUUUGUACAGUAUUGCGGAAGCAAAACCCCGUGCUUUAAAAAUCUCAACGAUCCAGAUCGUCCUGUCAACGAUCCAGAUCGUCCUGUCGCCCUCGUCCUUCCAAUCCGGGUAUAGGGUUUUUAGCGCCGCCUCCCACCUCCAGGUCCCCCUCUCUUCCGCGGUUCCGCCAUCGCGUCGCGAACGGCGGCCAGAAAAAAGAAAAAGAAAAAAAAAACAGCUCGCCGCACCAAUCUCCCCUACCAUAUCGAUCGACCCUGCAAGGUUUAAUCCAACAGAAUUCCACCGGAAAUUUGGUGAAGUGCUAAUCGCUUGCGGCUUGCCUGCCCGGUCUCGUGGCUUUGUGCUGCUCCCGCUGUGGUGAGGAACCCUAGGAUGGCGGGGGUUUCGAUGGCGGCGGCGCCUGAGGGGGUGCUGCACCGCCGGAUUGAGUUUCAUCUUGCACGGAGACCGCAUGGCUCUGUGGCGGUGGGCGGCGGCGGGUUCCGGAUGGAGACGCUGAACCCGGACGCCGCUGGUAAGGUGGGGCCCGGGGAGGCGGUCGGGAGCAGCGAGGGGGAUGCGAGGAGGCCGGAGAAGGGAGACAGUGGCGGGAUCGAUCCGGAGCUCAGCGUCGCAAGGAUCUACCUCGGGAGAAUUGGUGCUGGAUUGGAAAAUCUUGGGAAUACCUGCUAUCUCAACUCAGUUCUGCAAUGCUUGACGUACACGGAGCCGUUCGCUGCCUAUUUGCAGAGCGGGAAGCACACGUCCUCAUGUCGCACAUCCGGAUUUUGUGCAUUAUGUGCUCUUCAGAUACAUGUCAAGACUGCUCUAGAAUCAACUGGAAAAAUAGUGACACCAUUUCGUAUUGUCAAGAACUUGCGCUGCAUUUCUCGCACUUUCCGAAAUUCAAGACAAGAAGAUGCACACGAGUUAAUGGUUAAUUUGCUUGAAUCCAUGCAUAAAUGCUGUUUACCUUCUGGGGUAUCGACUGAGUCUCAAAGUGCUUAUGACAAAAGCUUAGUUCACAAAAUAUUUGGUGGCCGCCUUAGAAGUCAGGUCAAAUGCACACGUUGCUUACAUUGCUCCAAUAAAUUUGAUCCUUUCUUGGAUCUCAGUCUUGAGAUUGCCAAGGCCACGACUUUGGUGCGGGCACUUGAAAAUUUUACCGAGGAUGAGCUACUAGACGAGGGUCAAAAGGAAUACGAGUGUGAACGCUGCAGGCAGAAAGUUGUAGCAAAGAAACGACUUACAAUUGAUAAAGCCCCCAAUGUCUUGACAAUUCAUCUGAAGCGCUUCAGCCCUUUCAAUCCUCGUGAGAAGAUUGACAAAAAAGUGGACUUCCAAUCAAUUCUUGAUUUGAAACCAUUUGUUAGUGACUCUAAAGGAACAGAUUUUAAAUACAGCCUUUAUGGUGUCCUAGUCCAUACAGGUUGGAGCACUCAAUCAGGCCAUUACUAUUGCUACGUUCGUACAUCCAGCGGGAUGUGGCACAAUCUUGAUGAUAAAGAGGUGCGCCAAGUUCGUGAAGCAGACGUAUUGAAGCAGAAGGCUUAUAUGUUAUUUUAUGUACGUAACAGUAUUGGGAAGUCGGUGGUGUGCAAAGAUAAUAAUGCUGCUAAUUUGCUCAAGAAGAAAACCUCUGAAAAAAUCUCAAGUUUGAAUGGUAUUGCACAAACCAAUGUAAGAGCACAAAAUUUGAAUGGUGUGUCUCCAUUUGGUGAUAAGACGCACGGCACAAUCAUUGGCUACUCUACAAUUUCCAGCAAGACUAAAACAAUCCACUGUUCAAAGAAUGAGGUCAAAGCUGAAGAUGCUCCAGCCUCUCAAAACAAUGCUCUACCUUCCACACAAGCCCCCAUAGCUCGAAAUGAUGUUGGUAUCUUGCCAACUAAACCAAUGCAGUUUGCUGUAAAAAAUGAGGAGAAAACCUCAUCCCACCAACCUGCGCCAUUUACAAAUACUUGUGGUGAACAAACAGUUGUUGGGAGGCCCUUGCAGGAAAUGGAACCUAAGGCUGGUGCAGGGGAAAAUACUUCUGUUGUCUCUGCUGUUGCUAAUGAUGCCGCUACAUUGUCCAAGGCAGACAAACUAACUUCUCAGCCUCAAACAGCUCCAUCUUCCAAGCCAACUGCCAAUGUAAAGGACACAGCUACUGAGUUUGCUACACUGUCUUUAUCAAAGAAGGAUUCUGUUGUUUCAAAUGGUGCUGUGCUUAGCAUUGGAUGUCUCACAUCCGGUGAGAAAGCAAUGAACUUAUCAGAAUCUGUGGAUCAAGCUAAUGAAAUCACAAAGGCACUUCCUACGAGUCAGAACAAUACUGCACCAGUAAUUGCUCAAGCAGAUUGUGGAGUAGAGAUCAGCUCUGGUGUCAUCAUGCACGUUGCUGUGUCUGCUUCAUGCAAUGGAACUACAGAGAAAAAGGUGAAUUCGAAGUCAAAGAAGUUUGUGAGGUAUCCUGUUGUGAACAUGUGGUUAGGGUCCAGACAUCUAAAGCCAGGGAAGAAAGCGAACCGCAAGAGAAGUAAAAUGAUAAGACGUGUUGUAGCCUGCAAGGACGCGGCAAAUUUAUCUUGUUUGAGUGAGCAGCUGACGUCAACAUCGUCCACUGCAUGCUCUGAAACCGUAGAAUGUACCUCCAGCCAUCAGAAACGGUCACAUGCUAGUGCAAGGUCCAAAGAUGACGCCCAGUCCUCGCAAAACAAGCAGAAGGUCGACGGAGCUCGUGUCGGUGCUGGCACAAGUGCACCUUCUUGCAGUGCCGGCGUUCCAAAGUCUGAUCCGAACCCUUCCACAGAUGCUAAGGUUGUAGCGACCCAGCCUGCCAGUAUUCGCGCAACGGACCUGAUGGAAGCUACCGUUCCGCGCUGGGAUGACGUAGACAUGCCAAACAUAAAGGUCGCUGAGCCGCAGUCCAAACGCAAGAGCGGUGGCUACAUCUUAGAUGAGUGGGACGAGGAGUACGACCGAGGGAAGACGAAGAAGGUGCGGAGGUCAAAGCAAGACUUUGGCGGGCCAAACCCGUUCCAGGAGGAGGCGGACUACGUAUCGCAGCGGAGGACGAAGCAGAAAUCCUACCGAGGCAAGUCUUGGAACAAGCGGGCCUAACACGGUAGAGAGGGGGGAGUUGAGAGAAUACGAGAGAGAGAGAGAGAGAGAGAGAAUCCCCGGACGCACAUGCUGUUUGUUGUUACGUUUUAGCACCCAUUGGUGAGGGAGAUUUACGUUUAAAAACCAUAUCCGUCGUCGGUACGGUAGUCCCCAUUAGUUGUCGACGAUGUGACGUUUUGGGCAGUUUUCGUAGAACAUUUGAAACAUUUGUUCGGUUGUAACGGAGUGCUGUUUAGUUGAGUUGGGGGGAACAAAAUUGGCGAGACUAUUUUGCUGCAUUCUGCUCUGCUGUUUUUAGUUACUGAUGAAGAAUAAAACGAUGGUGGUGAUCAGUUUUAUGAUUCA